AAUAAAGAUAAUAGUGAACUUACUCUUAGGCACAUUCACAUGCUCGGCCUUGCGCAGGGGAGGGCCUGCCUACGCAGCUGAUGGUAACAUUUGCAUGUGUAUUUUUUUCUCUUUUUCUUUCUAAAACGUUUGUUUUUGUCAAUCAGCUGUUUAUUCAGUAGCAUUUCACUGUGAGAAAGUAGAGUAAAAUGCUGUGAUAUGGGUGUGCCAUGACCUAGUUUGCCAGGACAAAGAUGGAUUCCUGGAAAAAGAGAGAAAAGAGAGAGAGAAAGAGAGAGGAAAAAAGAGAACAAGUUUAAAAAAUGUCAAAGGGAUUCGGUCCAACAUUUCUUCCUUCUUCUCAGAUAUCCUGCACUCAGAGAGACAGUAUGUGUGAUAGUCCGUCAUGAGGAGCUGGAAUGAAGCUUUAGAUCCUUUUAGGAACAAAGGAACCGCAUUAGGCCUCAGAGCGCGAGCUCAGCGCUCCCACUCUCUGCUGCACGAGCUGCAGGCUGGGGCUCUAAUAGGAGCGGCGCAUGCGCUGUUUCUAAUCUCGCCCGCUUUCCGGCAGGGCCCGCCCCCCGCUCGGGCAUUGGCUGACGCCUAGCGGGUACUCGGGGGUCGUCUAUUGGACGCGCGCCCGCCAGCGCGAAGCAGCGGCCAAUCACAGUACGGAGGAGGCGGAGUUUUGGCGUAAACGGGUGGAAAACGAAGAGGCGAUGCUGAUGCUCUCUGAUUGGACAGAACCGGCUCUGCUGUUUUAACCAGCCAACUGCCCUCAAAACACACACACACAAACAUAUAUAUAUAUACACACACACAUAUAUGUAUAAAACACAUACAAUAGAAACACCACAUUUAACACACAGUGCGGGUUUCACGAGGAAAACACUGUUAUAAAUGAACCAAUCCAUUAAUUAGUCAGUACGUCAGUCUUUAUUUUCACACUGAGGGUGACCCUUAUUCUAAAUGACAGGGAUUGAAAGAAAAAAACUAAAUACAAAUAAUAUUUAUGCACCUUUAAACAAGAGAAAAACAACAAAACAAGUUAAAACCCCUUUAAAAACAAUCUAAUAAUAUAAGGUGACCAAAUGAACAGUUCGUUAAUAACGAGGCUGAAUACAUUGAUCAAUUAAAGUGGGUAAAAGAAAAGUUAAAAUUAAGCUAAAACUAAAUAUUGACCAAAAUAAUACAAUAAUAGCAAUAGUAAAUAAAAGUAAUACAUACAGCUAACAGUAAUAUAAUAUGAGAAGAUAUAGUGAAUUUUACACAGUUUUAAUUAGAGAUUGUAGUUAAUGGAUAAUAAAACUAAAACUAGAGCGUUAAACCCUCUACAGGGUUUUUACCCUAGCAUGUACACUAACUCUCAGUACAUUAUUCAGUAUUCAGAAUUGUAUAUGUUUAUUUAAUGUGUUGAUAUGAAAUUGUGUUUAAUGUUGGGGUAAAUCGGGGAGAGUUUUAUAUUUAAAUAAACAGAAAUGUCCAUCUUCUGUUUGCCAUCCAGGUAAAUCUAUCCCGCAGAUUCCACGCGCCGCCCAGCGCGCCCGUAUUCCGCCAAACCGCGAGCGCAGAUCAAAACAACGUGUAGGAAAAUACUGCAUAUCUGCUCGCGAUCCUACGCAGAUAAAUUGAAUGAAAUCUUAGUUUUUAGCGCGGUUUCUGCGCGUGAAGCGAAUUUUCGGUCUUGUGGCGAAAGUGCUGCGGCUGCGCGGCUCGCGGGGCUGUAGUGGUGUAUUGUGGGAGAGACAGCAGAAAGCAGCUCGAGACACACAGUAUGUGCAGGCGCGCGCCCCGCGGAUCCCUCAGCUCCCGCACAGCCCGCAAUAUAGCCCGCAGCACAGCUCGCAACAUGUAAAAGCGCGGCGGCGCGAGCUGGACGCACGGGAACGAACUCACGCGCCUCGACGCUUCACCGUUACACACGGACUCGAGCAGGACGCCGCGCGCAGAGAGAACACACACACACACACACAACAAUGUCCAGGCCAGGGGAGAGAGAUAGAGGCAGGGUGAGUGAGGAGCACAACCGCAGGACUUCAGCUCCGAUGAACGGGAUGGAGAACAGUUCGGGAGAGAGACGCGGCCAUCACUGGAGAAGCUACAAGCUGAUCAUUGACCCGGCACUCCGGACGGGUUCCCACAAGCUCUACAGAUAUGAUGGGCAGCACUUCAGCUCACCGAAUUCUGGAAUCCCCCCGGUGGACAUAGUCAGGGACCCCCGGAUCGGCCGCCUGUGGACAAAAUACAAGGAGACAGAUCUGCCGGUGCCCAAGUUUAAGAUUGACGAGUGCUACGUUGGCCGCAUCCCCCCGAAAGAGGUCACCUUUGCCCGGCUGAACGACAACAUCAGAGAGGGCUUCCUGACGGACAUGUGCAAGAAGUUUGGCGAGAUCGAGGAGGUGGAGAUUUUGUACAACCCCAAAAACAAGAAGCACCUGGGAAUAGCCAAAGUGAUGUUUGGGUCGGUGCGUGCCGCAAAGGACGCUGUGCAGAACCUCCACAACACCUCGGUCAUGGGGAACAUUAUCCACGUAGAGCUGGACCCUAAAGGUGAGAAUCGGCUGCGGUAUGUCGAGCGCUUAGUGAAUGGCAGUUACACGCCGCUCACGCUGCCGGUGGGGGAGGAGUCCUGCGAGGUUUCUCCGCGCAGCUUGGCUGAGGCUUUACUGGCGUGUGAGCCGUUGCGGAGACUCUCUGAGAGCAGUUCCUCGGUGGUCGCAGGCACCGUGACUCCGGGCAGCACCAGCACCCCCCUGAGCCUGGACACGGCAUACUCCAGCCUGAGGCAGGAAACCCCCCAGUCCCAAGGAACACCCCACACCCCCCGCCCCACUGGAACACCUUUCUCUCAGGACUCCACCUACUCCAGCAGGCAGGGCACCCCGGCGUUACAGCCGAACCGCACUGAGGGCUCGGGUGGGUACAAGUCGAGACGACACGAGACCAAAUUUCAGAAUGCCUACAAACGUAUACCACAGAGACACUAUGUGCAUUUGGCGGGCGGAGCUUACCGGGCCAAUGCAGAGCAGUCAAGCAACUUUAAACAGCACCAACCACCUGAACCCCCGUCACCUGCAUUUUUGAACACACCUCCGCUCCCGGUCACGCCCAGCUUCAAACCCGCCUCCUUCCCGACCUACCAGCCCCCCCUACCGCCAGUGUACCCUCACGCUGAGCCCCCGGCGUACCCGCCCCAGCCCCUGCAGCGGGAGCUGGAGUACCUGAGGCCACAGGCUCCGCCUCCCUCUACCCCCGACUUCAUGACCGUCAGAGACCGACCUAAAACCCCGCCCAUGCCCGAGCCACCCCCGGAGCCCACCACGCAGCCCACUGCCUGCACCCCGCCCCCCAGCACACCUGACCCUUGCCCCUCCCCUGCCCCGGAGGUGGAGCGGAACAGCCUGGACUCCCGGAUCGAGAUGCUGCUGAAGGAGAAGCGGACGAAGCUGCCGUUCUUGACAGACCGCGGCGACUCGGACGGAGAGGUGCGGAUGGAGGGAAGCCCCAUCUCCUCCUCGUCCUCCCAAAUGUCCCCCAUCCCACCCUGCCCGGCACAGCGUCCCUCGCGGCCCUCCAGCACUGGUCUGGAGGACAUUAGCCCCACUCCCCUGCCCGACUCUGAUGAGGACGAGCCAAUCGCCGGCACCGCCUCCCUGAUGCUCCGCCCCCGGAGUACAUCGCCGCCAAACGCACACGGCCUGAACAUGACUGGGGGCCCGCGGACACCGACCGAAAAACCUGACUCGGGUAUGCAGUCAUCAGGAGAGGAUAUGGAGAUUUCGGAUGAUGAAAUGCCGGGCACGCCCAUCUCAGGGGGAGAUUGUGCAAAGGGCAUCAUGGUGAACUCGGCUCUGUCUCCAUUGGCACCACAGGCCUUAGGCAUCCCUCCCCCCGGUUUCCCCCCACUACCCCACCACCCCCAGGCUGGCUACGCCCUGACCCACCACCAUUUAGGCCCCCACACCACCGUCCCCACGCCGCACCCCACCCACCUGGCUGCACAUCUGAUGCCCCCGCUGCCCCCGUACCCAGGGAUGGUGCCUAUGAUGCCGGUGGACCUGAUGAGCUGCUUGCCUCAGUGGGGCAGCGUGCACAUGUCCUUCCAGAUGCAGACGCAGGUGCUGAGCCGUAUCGCCCAGAGCCAGCACCCUUACCCCUACCCCCACUACCUGAGUGGCGCAGCAGGGGCUGGUGCCAGCGCUGGUGCCAUGCAGUUCGGGGGUCCGUACCAGCCUCUGUCUAUGGUGGGUACCCCCUCAGGAGGGGUGGGGCACGGACAGCAGUGGCCUUUACCCAGCAUGCCCAGGUAUAACCCCACUGUGCCACCUCCCCGGUACGACACGCAGAAGGAGGACUCCCAUAAAGCCACGGUGGACGGAGUGCUAAUGGUCAUCGUCAAGGAGCUCAAGGCCAUCAUGAAGAGAGACCUCAACCGCAAGAUGGUGGAAGUGGUGGCGUUCAGGGCCUUUGAUGAGUGGUGGGAGAAGAAGGAGCGGUCAGCUAAGGCAACUUUGACUCCGGUGAAGCCGGGCGAGGGUAAGGAGGAGGAGAAGGAGCGGGCAAAACCGAAGGAGACACUGUCAGCCAGGUUGCUUGAGAACUGGAGUAAGGGUGAGGGUCUGGGCUACGAGAGCAUUGGCCUGGGCAUCGGCUUGCGUGGCGCCAUCCGCCUGCCUUCCUUUAAGGUGAAGCGGAAAGAGCCCCCUGACCCCGCCUCCUCUGCGGAGAAUAAACGAGCACGGCCGUCCACACCUGUAGACGAUGAGCUGGAUGAUGAAGAGCGAACGGAUUUGCCAGCAGAUGGCACCAGACUGGAUGCUGAUAAUUCUGCUGCUAAGCGCCGGCACUCCCGGCCGGUGGAGCUGGACAGUGAGGGAGAGGAGGAGGAAGAGGAGGAGGAGGAGACGUCCGGCAGAGAGGAGUUGUCCUUGUCUGACCGGGAGGAGGAGCCUGAGGGAGAAACAUCAGAGAGGCUGUCAACUGGCAAGGAGCCGGGUGAUGAUGAGGAGGAGAAGGAUGAAGAGAGCGAGUCUGAGGCUAGUUCUUCUUCUGAUUCGUCUGAUGAAGAGGGUUCUUCCUCCUCCAAAUCUGGCCCAGACUCCUCCUCCUCCUCAUCUGAAAGCUCCUCUGAGUAUGACUCCAGCUCGGAGGAGGAACGGGAGGAAGAGGAGGAGGAAGAGGAGGCGGAGGUCGCCAUGGAAGUAGGUGAAGAAGAGGAAACGCGUACGUCCUCAACCUCCUCAUCUUCUUCAUCCUCAUCAUCUGAUGAAGAGGAGGAGUCUGAGGUGAAAGCCCUCAGCACUCCUCCAGGCCCCCCACUGGAGAAGGAGUGCGAGUCCGGGCAGCAGGGGGCUGAGGAGGCGGUUCCACCUAACAGAACGGCGGUAGAAAACCUGCGGCCGCCGUCACCUAAAGGCCUGCCAGUGGAGGAACAGGACGUUGACGUGGACAUCCCUAAGGUGGAGGUAUCUGUAGAGGAUGUGGGAACCCUGCGGCCCCUUACCCCAACAGGUUCUCUAGCUGACAGCGACUUGGACGUCCGGCCAAAAAGCCAGUCAGAAGAGGAGGUACCGCGGACCCCUGGGCGAGAUGGCCCUGCACCUUCAGAGCUGGACACCAAUACCCAAAUGACAUCUUCAGGUCAGUCUAUUCACCUCCCUCUGCCCACCAGCCAUGCUCUCCUGCCCCCUCCCCCAGACUCCUGUGGGCGGGUGCGUCUGCAGACGGAUGAGGAGGUCCCACGGACACCUGGUCGAGAUCUACGGAAAGGUCAAAGCACUGAGACCGCCCCUGAAACUCCCGGCAGCGAUGCCCCGCUCACAGGUAACAGCUUAGCUCUCAGCUUGGCUCUUAGCUCACCCCACGUUCCUGGCAGCCCUUUCUCCUACCCUGCCCAGUCCCCAGUCCUCAGUGCGGGCAUUCCGCGGACUCCAGGCAGGGACCUGACCUUUACACCUGUUUUCCCCGACCCUGCUGCCUCCUCUGUCGGCCCCUUGCACAGGAAAGCCUCGUCUGACAGUCUGGAGGAGAAGCCUGUGUUUAAAGAGCCGGCGUUAAAAGAGCCUCCGCUCAGCGCUUACUUACCUACUACCACUGCUGCUUCCCUCACUCUCCCUGCCGCUGCCGCCGCUGCUUCCCCCCAGGAGCUUUCUGCGGUCCCUCAAACCUCACCGCCUGCAUCUAUAGAAGGUUCCACCCCUCUACCCUCCACUGACCAGCCUAUUCCACUCACAGAGAUUCCUGUACCCCUAGAUGUCACUCCAAGCAAGAAGAAAGCGGGACGUGCCAAGGCUAAAAAGCCCCCGACACCUGUAACACCUGAAGAUGCUCUGCCGGAGCCUCCCCCAGUGACCCCCUCGCUGCCUCCGGAGCCUCCAGUAAAGGACCUGUUCCCAGAUCGCCCCGACCAAGCGUUUGGGAGGCCGGAUGCGGAGCCCCAGCUUCCUGAACCUGAGCCAGACACUGAUGACCUGGAUGAUCUUGGUCAAACAGUUCUGCCCCCUAGUCCUGGAGUCCAUGACGACAUGCUGUACGAACCAGUGCAGAAGACCCGUCGUCAGCGACGCAGCUGGGAGGAGCUCCUGCUCUCCAUGCAUUCUCCAGCUGCCUCCCCACCACGGCCCAGCUACGUGCCCCGCUCUGAAUUCGAGGAAAUGACCAUCCUCUAUGACAUCUGGAAUGACGGCAUCGACGAGGAGGACAUCAAAUACUUGAAGAUCACCUAUGACAAAUUGCUUCAGCAGGACAACGUCAAUGACUGGCUCAACGACACACUUUGGGUCCAUCACCCUACCACCAGCGGGGGUAGUCUGCCCGGCCUGAAGAAGAAGAGGCGUGAGGAUGGGAUGCGGGAUCAUGUGACCGGCUGUGCUCGCAGCGAGGGCUACUACAAAAUCGACAAGAAGGACAAACUGAAGUACCUGAUCAGCUCCCGGCCUCAGUUUGACGAGCCGGACAAGGACACACAGGGGAAGAGUAUUCCUGCCCAGCCUCACGCCUCCACCCGAGCCGGUUCCGAACGCCGGUCCGAACAGCGCCGCCUGCUGUCCUCUUUCAGCUGCGACAGCGACCUGCUGAAGUUCAACCAGCUUAAAUUCCGUAAGAAGAAGAUCCGGUUCUGUAAGUCUCACAUUCACGACUGGGGGCUGUUCGCCAUGGAGCCAAUCGCCGCCGACGAGAUGGUGAUCGAAUACGUGGGUCAGAAUAUCAGACAGGUGAUAGCUGAUAUGAGGGAGAAGCGUUAUGAGGAGGAGGGAAUCGGAAGCAGCUACAUGUUCCGGGUGGAUCACGACACGAUCAUCGACGCCACCAAGUGCGGCAACUUCGCCCGAUUCAUCAACCACAGCUGCAAUCCAAACUGCUAUGCUAAGGUCAUCACUGUGGAGUCCCAGAAGAAGAUUGUCAUCUACUCUCGACAGCCGAUCAACGUUAACGAAGAAAUCACGUAUGACUAUAAGUUCCCCAUUGAGGACGAGAAGAUCCCGUGUCUGUGCGGAGCCGAGAACUGUCGCGGAACACUCAACUAGCCGGCACCACUGCCAGCCCAGACAACAGCCCUGCAGCAGGGACACGAUGCGCACUGCCGCCCUGUGGAGAGGCCGGGUGGGGACGGGAAGCGAGGGGUGGCGCCCCCUGGUUGCCAGGUGAAACACAGCUCGGUGGAGCGCUUUAUAAACCCGUCUGAUGAUUGUUUACGAUUUACCGGUGCUCUUUCAUCCACGUUCAGAUCUUUUUCUACCACUCUUCCAUUCUGCUUCGUAUGGAAAAAGAAAAGGACUAGCCCCGCCCCCAGUCCUUCCCCCACGCCCAUUCCUGUGACUGUAGCAAUGGGGUGGGAGGUGCUUUUUGGGUUAUUGGCCUCCCUGUUCCUUUCUGUAAACCAAACCACCUGUCUCUCGGUCUCUCCCUGUCUCUCUCUCUCCCUGUAUCUCUCUGUCUCUCUUACUCUGUCACCCUUAUUGUCUGUCUCUGUCUCUCUCUCUAUCUCUUUCCAUACGCACAAUAAGUCCAGCUGCUGCAUCAGGAGAACAGGGUUUGGACAGCAUCCCACCACCACCAAUGUUUUCUUUAUAUAUAGUGCUGAGUGAGGGUGAUGUGGGUGGGGUUAAUUUGGGUGGGUGCGGUUUCAGUGGUUUUUGCUCCAAUCAGCUCUUUAUCCCUUGCUGUGUUUUUUAUGUUUGUGCGCAGAGAAACUUAGACCUGCAUUUUUCUAUAAUCAGACAAGAUCGGACCUACACUACUUAAAUUCCCCCAGUACAGUUCUGCAGUGCCCCCUGCAGGCUGCCUGCUGUGACUGCAGCGUGUUGAGGGUCCAUUUUUGUAAAGAACUCACAUCCUGGAAACUUACAUUUCUUACAAGUUUAAAAUAACGCUAAACAUCCUGUUUACCCAGUUCAGUCCCUUCAUAGAAACUCUUUUAAACGCUUUUAAUUCACUUUCUCAAUUCAGUUUAGCUAAACACAUUCAGCUUACAGCAGCAGUUUAGCUCCACCCAUUCAGCCUACACUAUCGUCCUGCGUUGUCGUCACCCAGCGGAACCGGUCCAGUUAGCCUGGGUUCAAAACAGCGCUGCUGUUGAUCAUUCCCCUUUAGAGCUGCUUUACCUCCAUUCCUUCCUAAAGCCUAGUAUUACCUGCAUUUGAGUUAAACUCCGCCUAGAACCGGUACCUGCAGCUGUAUUGGUUCUAGUGGAGCGCUUUUGGUCAUGUGACAUCCCGCUGCUACAUAUAUAGUAGUUAAAUCCAGAUCCAGAGUUUAACUAUAUGGACCUGGAUUUGCUUUGUGCUGAUUUGCACAUAUUGGCUAGCUCAAGGUAUGCCCACAGUUUAAAUGAGAUUCUGUACAGCGUGUGCAGUUUUACAACAGUAGCUGUGGAAUAAUGCGUUUGUGGGCGGGGCUUGAAGCAGCUCAAGUUGGGUGUUAUGCCCAUAUAAAGAGGUGUAGGCACUUCCCUCUGCUGGUUACCUUUAGUAUUGCGCUUUGUCUUGUAGCGUUAAAGCUGUAUUUCUGAGCUCCUCGGAGCGGCCAAUAGCAUUAAUCCCAGCUCACCAGGCAAGCAAUCAGAGUGCCAAACAUUUGCAUAUUACAGAGGUAAUUGGUUAAAGAUUAAGCUCUUUCUCCAUGUUAUUUAAGUGUGUGUGUGUUUGUUGUGUAAACCUGUUGGAACAGCACUGUAUUAUUCUUGCAAUACCGAAAGUGUUUAAAGCGAUAGUUUGGUCAUCCAACCCCCCUAACCUCCAUCUUUCAGCCUAGAUUUGUAUAUUUAAUCUGUUUAGUUCUGCACAGUGACGAGGCUAAUAGAAGUAAUGAAGGUUUAUUCCCCACCAAUUAAUUUAAUGCUAACUGUUAUCUGUGUUUUUUCAAUAUUGCUACGUUAGCUUUUAAAACUAUUCACAGCUGAUAAAGGAAGAUAUUCUGUCCUUUUAUUUUUCUUUCUAAACUAUCGCUUUAAUAAGGAGCUGUGUACCGCUCUGCGCCGCGGGUCGGAACCGGUCCAGUCUGGCCAGGCGGAGUUUCUUCUUAUUUCUCUGUGUUUUGGUGGUUUCGUUUAAACACUAUAGAAUUGUUGUUGUAUUUCCUCCAACCCCACCCCCUACCAGGCCACGCCCACCACCCUCCCCUCCCACCACUUCCUCUACAGCUACGCACUGCAGGGGCAGAGCCUUUUCUUUUGGAAGGUGUUUAUAUUGUACAGGAUUGGAUGAUUUGUACGGAGGAACGGGGCUUUUUAUCCCCACAGGGAGUUACAGAGACGAUGCAUCUGCUUUUUUUCUUUUCUUUUUUAAUAAGCAGAAAUCUUUGAGUAUCUGAUAUUUUUCAGGGAUCUUUAAAUAUAUUAAAAGGGGGUAAAUCUAAAUCUCUAUGUAAUAAUAAGUGAUGCAUCCUGUAUAUAAGUGAUCUGAUCUCCCUGUGGAAAGAUUGUUUCUUGUAGAAACGUCUUUGUCUUCUGCCCGAUUUUCCUUUAUAAACUAAUGUGUAAAUACGCAAACUGUGAAUAUAUAAAUAUAUAAAUAUAUAUAAAUAUAUUUUUUGUUCCUGAGGAUUUGCUACGGAACGGCAGCUCAGAGAGGUCUAUAGCGUGUGGGCGGAGCCGGGGGCAGUAUUUCAGCUUGUGUCAAGCUUUAUUUUUUAUUUUCUGUUGUAAAUUCUAUGAAGACUUGUUUGCAGUGUGUGUGGGGGGGGCAGGGUCUGAUGAGAAUUGGCGAGGGGAGCCGUUGGCUUUCCAAGUCUAUUUAUUACCACAAAUGUAUGACAAUGGAGAUCAUGGGAAAAAUAAAGGAUUUUUUUU